UGAUGACCAUACCAAACAUUUGUCCUAACACAUUAAGUUUUAGCAUGCCAAACCCAAAAAACCCACCCAAGCCCAGUUGAGCCUCACAUUUAAUUUCCUUUCUCCACCCUCUUUAUAAACUCCACCAAGGCACCAAACCACAAUUUUCUCUUGGUUUCAGUCUCUCUCUAGCUCUACCUCUCUUUGUCUUCUUCAGUUUUCAAAUCUGCUCUCGCAUUUCUUCUCUCAGCAUGGCUCAGAAGGUUGUCUUAAAGGUCUUGACCAUGACAGAUGAGAAAACAAAGCAGAAAGCCAUUGAAGCCGCAGCAGAUAUCUUUGGGAUUGAUUCGAUCGCGGCAGAUCUGAAGGACCAGAAGCUCACAGUGGUGGGAAUGAUGGACACAGUUGCAGUGGUGAAGAAGCUGAAGAAGGUAGGUAAAGUCGACAUAGUAUCUGUUGGUCCAGCCAAGGAAGAAAAGAAAGAAGAAAAGAAGGAUGAGAAAAAAGACGAAAAGAAAGAGGGCGAGAAAAAAGAAGAGAAGAAGGAAGACAAAAAGUGAGCAGUAGUUUUAGAAUCAUCAUCUUCAUGUAAUAGUAGACCACCUUCGUGUAGUGACAGACUCCUUCAUAUGAAACUAGUCUUUUUUCGAGUGAACUUGUAAAAUUUACAUGCUUUAAUGCACUGUAAAAUCUUGUUUUCGGCAAGAAGAACAUGGUUCACCUAGCAUUGCUCUUUUUGCCGUAAUGGUCUGAUAAUUUUGUUUUCUUGGCGAUGUAAAAUGUAAAUAAGAAGAAGCUGUCCAGAUUCAAAGAUGGUAUGAGAUGAGUUUUGCUGAU